AUGAGCAGAUUAAAGUACAGUGCCGUUCCAGGGUAUUUCACCAGUUUUGGUGAUGAAAACGUUCUGAGUCAUCGUGGUGAUGAAGGACAACAUCUUGGAUUUGUUGAUGGAUGUAGUGGUUGGGAAGAUAUCCAAAGGUUGUUGGAUGAGGAUUCGUCCUUGAAGUUGUUGGUAUUGGCAAGACACGGUCAAGGUCACCAUAAUGCACUUGAAUCGAAAUACGGUACACAGGAAUGGGAGAGGUAUUGGGCAUUACAACCGGGGGUCCAUGAGGUUACGCUCGUGGACGCUCAGUUGACCGAGCUGGGGAAACAGCAAGUUAGAAGUACAGGUAAAGAGUUGUUGCUACCUAUGGUUGAGAAGAUCGGGUUUCCAGAGAAGUUUUACAGUUCUCCCUUGAGACGGUGUCUCGAGACGUAUAUGGAAUCGUGGGGCCAGGUCUUCACCAGUGAACUUGUCAGUAGUAGCACCGAAGUGUCUGUCUACGUCAAGGAACAGUGUCGAGAGACACUUGGUAGACAUUACUGUGACAAGAGGUUACCACAUGACCAUGUGGUGGAACAAUACGGGGAAGAGACAUUGCUUGGUAACACCAAGGUCCACUGGGUUUACGAGCCAGGGAUGGCAAAUGAGGAUACCAUGUGGAGCGAGACCCAUCGGGAGACGGUUGAGGAGAUAGACUAUAGAAUCGGUGGUGCUUUGCAAGAAUUGUUGAGUGGUGAGGAAAGGUACAUUUCCUUGACGUGUCACUCAGGAGUGAUCCAGUCUGCGUUAAGAGUAUUGAAACAUCCAGAGAUUUUGCAAUUGCAAACCGGUGGUGUGGUGUUUGUGUUGUGCAAGCCAGCCGAGACAGAAGCCAAGGUCUGA